UCGGAAUUGCGCGCUCGUGGUGUUUUGGUUUUAAGUUUGUUUACUAUUUUUUUUUUUUUCCUUAUAUUGUGUUUGUGUUGUAAAUGUAGUGUGUGCUUGUUAACUGUUCUUUUGAGCGUUUUUUUUUUUUUGUGUGUGUGUGUGUUAAUUGUUUACUGUUUUCAAAUCACUUUUUUUUUCUUUGGUGUUCUAUUCCAUUUCGGUAAAUUUAUAGUUUAAGCCAAUGUCCCCAAUCUCUACCCACGGCCCACGGCGUUAUUAUUAAUUUCCGACAAGUAGUGUAAUCAUUAUAAAUGAUGUGAAUAGUGAGAAGAACAAAAUGAGGAGUGACUGAGGCAGGGCAAGUCAGCUCCCAUGAAGGGCCUCACUGCUUAGAUGAUGGAACAAGACGGGCAGGACAGCGACCAGGAGACUGUUAUAUUUGACGCGAAGCAAGUCCACUACCCACCACACCACCACAGCUAUGGCCACCCCUCCCACGCCCCCAGCACCUCCGCCACCUUCCCCACACAGUACCCCCCUCACUCCACCCCACUGCAUCACUACCACUACCCACUGCCAAACAUGCCUCCCAUCCCCCACUAUUAUGAAUCCCACGCUCAUUCCACGUACCCUUAUCCAAACGCUCAUUCCUUGCCAGUUUCUGUGUCUCAGUCCCUCCCUCCUUCCUACGUGCAUCCUCCAGUACCUUCAGCCCCUCCGUCAGGCUCUUUGUCAAUCCCCAAGUCGCCACGCUCGAGGUCUCACAGGUUGCACAGGUCCUCGUCACACACCCACAGCAGGCGUCGGCACAGGAAGCGCAUCCACUUCCCCAAAAUGAACACUCGCUAUUCCAGGAUGAAGCUAAACGUUGGAUCUCUCGACCUAUCGGGGAAGGGCCUCCUGAACAUGCUGCACCAGAAUAGGAGUCGGUGCUUGAAGUCCUGCUGGGAGAGGGAGAUUAUACCACGUGUGCCUCCCAAGCCAGCCCCCGACACUGUGCCUACCUCAGAGCAGCACCAGGUGGAGGGAAGGCUGGGUAGUGCCGAGCCCGAGAGCGCUGUGUUUAGCCCAGAGCAUUACCAGGAGGAGAGUCUGCUUGGCACUGAGACAGAGACCUCUGUGUUGAUUUCAGACCAGUAUGAGGACAGCAUGGAGGUGAUGCUGGCAGAGCUGGAGAAGGAUAUGGAGACUUUUCUGUCGGAUAAUGAGACAAAUGUGACACAGGAGGACUCACCUAGUGUUCCCAGGCCACCCUUUCCUGUCACCAAGCCACCCCUACUUCCCAACACCUCCAGGCCACCCCAGCAAGCCAGUAGCAACUUUAAGCCAACUCAACAAGCCAGUAUCACAAAGCCAUCCCAGUCCAGCCACCUCACUAGCCACUCCCAAGCCAGCACCAUAAGGCCACAAGGAACCAGCAACAUCACAAACCAACAAGCUAGUCACAUCACAAACCCAUCACAACCCAGCACCUCAGGACCACAACAAGCUAGUCAUAUCACAAACUCAUCACAACCCAGCACCUCAGGACCACAACAAGCUAACCCCAUCACAAACCCAUCACAACCCAGCACCACUAACCCACCUCAGCCAGAUAGCCACACCCUCACAGAGCCACACCAAAGCCCCACAGAGCCCAGGGGAAUUAGUCAGCCCAUAGGGAACACCUUGGGGCAGAGGCACGAGCACCCACCCACAACCGAAGUCGCUGUCAGUUCCCUUUUGGCAUUUCUCAAGAGGCACACUGCAGCAUCUCGUGGGGACUCCGGCUUGGCGAUCUCAGCGCAGGGGACGUGUUCAGACUCCCUGGACUCCACAGCAGCCUCUCAUAAAGACUCCCCAGGGCAGGGAAGUGCAAACAUCAUGCAGGAUGAAACGGUGAUGCUCAAACUCAUGCGUCUAUUGCAGGAGGGCAGCAUUAGCGAGGGCAAAGAUGGGAAACAUGUGCUGGUAUUUGAGAAGGCACCAGGACCUGAUCUGCCUAGUACUUCAGAACCCACAGCUUCUGGGAAGCAAGGAGCAACAGAGGCCCCACCAUGUGCAGCAGCCAAGGAGGUAGACAGAGAAGGAAGAGAAAGGUUAGACAAGGAAAGAAGGAAGAUGUCAAUAGAAGUGCCUCAGAGAAAGACAGGUUUAAAUGAUAAGGAAAGGAGAGAGACAGAAUGGGAGAAAGGCAGUAAAGAUAAGAAGAGAAAGCAUAGAAUGGAUGAAGCGGAAGAGAAGAAGAGAGACAAGGAGAUCAAAGAGAAAGAAAGGGAGAUGGAGAACAGAAACCAAAGAAAGCACAAGAAUAAUGAAAGAGAAGAGAUUGAAAGACGGAGAAACAACAAAGAAGACAAGAACAGGAAACGCAGAAGGGAGAAAGAAGGGAGGGAAGAAAAAACAGAGACAGAACUGAACAGGCAGAACAAGAGCAGGAGGCGAGAAGAGAAGGCAGAGGAAAGAGACAGACAGAAAGACAGUAAGAGGAGGGAGACAGAAUGGGAAGAGAGGAGAAAGAAAAAUCACAAACAGAGAAGCAGAAGUCCAUCAGAUUGGAGGAGAAGGAACACCAGAUCUCCUUCGUCAAGCUCAUCGUCCCCCACUCCCUCCCAGCACACAUCACCAAGCACCACCAACACAGCGGACACGCACACACGCAGGGGGAGGAAGCCAAGCACGUCCUCAAAAAGCACCAGAACUCCUACGAAAGGCACCUCAAGUGACACACGCACCAGCUCUCCAAACAGGCCCUGUAAGACUCCUAGGCAAUCCUCAGUGGGGCAGGACAAACAGGCUGCUGGUAAGAGUAAGGGUACUACUCUUCAACACCAGAAGUCCUUGGAGGCACAGAGGGAGGCACUGCAGUCUGUUGGUGAAGUGAGAAGUGUGUCUUCACCCAAAACAGCAGAGAAAUGCAAGAGAAACAGAUGGGACCAGGAGACAGGAGACAGGAGAGACAUCACAUCACCUGAAGCAGAGAAACACAAGAGAAACAGAUGGGACCAGGAGACAGGAGACAGGAGAGACAGCACAUCACCACCUGAAGCAGAGAAACACAAGAGAAACAGAUGGGACCAGGAGACAGGAGACAGGAGAGACAGCACAUCACCACCUGAAGCAGAGAAACACAAGAGAAACAGAUGGGACCAGGGAGACACAGGGGACAGGAGAGACAACACAUCACCACCUGAAGCAGAGAAACACAAGAGAAACAGAUGGGACCAGAAAGAGAGAGAGAGUGCAUCUUCUGAGACAUCACCUGAAGAGAACAGGAAGGGAAGAUGUGAUGAGGAACGGGAAAGUGUGUGUCCACCUCUUACAUCAGAAAAGCAGAAGAAAAAUAAAUGGAACCAAAAAGAGAUGAGGGAAAGUGUAUCUGGUGAAACGUCAUCAGGUAAACAAGGCAGUAAGAAUAGAUUGGCCUCUCAGGAAGACACAAGGGACACAUCACCAUCCAAAACUUGUUCACAAAGGCACACUGAAAAUAGGAGGCCAUCCCAGGAAGAUAUAAGCAACAUACCUUUGCCCAAGUCUUCCAAAGUGACAGUGAGGUGCACCACUCACAAGCCACCACAAACACAGAGUGCAAGGCCAUCCCAGGAAGACACAAGGAGUAUACCUGUGGCCAAGUCUUGUGAGGGGCCUCAGACACCUUGCUCUACCCCACACAAGCCACCACAAACACAGAGUAGUAAAAAUCACACAUUACCUCAGCCACCACAAGACCACAACAGUACACCAAGCCCUGACUCUUCUAAAAGGCCCAGACCACUACCACCACUAAAGAAAACCUCAGAAACACACACCAACCUCCACACAAACUCUCUGCCUCCUGCCGCUGCACCACGCCUCAGAUCCCCACCUCCCUGCACACCACACCAUCCUGCAGGGGCCAUGGUGAAGGAGGAGCCACUGUUCUUCCUGAGUGAGGCGGAGAUCAAGCAAGAGCCGUUCUCCCCAACCAGUGCCUUGCAUCAGAAGGAGCUGGAGGACCAAGCACGGCAGGUGAGGCAGAUGAGGUUGGAGGUGAAGAGAGAGGCUGUGAGGGUGAAGCAGGAGCUGGUGUCCAGCAACCAGAGGGUGGACGGCACUCCAUGCACACACAGGUACUCGGCGACUGCAUCAUUGAGCGACAUUCCGGUGAAAACCGAGCCGGCGGAGGAGGAGGAAGCUGAGGAAACUUACGAGUACGAGGACGUGGAAAAGACCGAUCCGUUUCUAGAGGGCGAGGAGGAGGAGGAGGCAGAUCGCAUCAAGGUGAGGUGUCUGAUGAAGGCCACGCUGGAGGUGCUGGGCAUGGAGGAGGACAAGGACAGCAACAUGUGGGACAGCAGCGUGCCGGAGAGCCUGUACGAACACCUCAAGAACAUCCUGUUCAUGAUGGAGUGUUCAGUGUGGGAGGAAAGCACCAUACUCUCCUAUAACUGGGAGGUCAAUCUAAGGCGUCUCGUUGUAGCCACCUUCUGCCGGGAGGAGCUGGAUACCUUCACCAGGGACAUCCACAGGAACAUGCAGAAGACAAAGGACCUAAAGAUGUUUGUGAGGAGUGUGAUAUCAUCAAAUGCUAUUCCGUGAUGUGUUGGGGGGUGGGGGGGUGCCAGGGGGGGCUUGGCAAAGUGAAGUCUUGAAUGUGUUAAAUAAAGUGUAGGUUCUCUCUCUCUCUCUCUCUCUCUCUCUCUCUCUCUCUCUCUCUCUCUCUCUCUCUCUCUCUCUCUCUCUCUCUCUCUCUCUCUCUCUCUCUCUCUCUCUCUCUCUCUCUCUCUUCUCUCCUCUCUCUCUCUCUCUCUCUCUCCUCACUGGCUGAAAAAUAUCAACACAACUCUUUAUUUUCCUCUCUGUUACAUCACAUUACCAAGUUGUUGUUAUGGUUAGUGUUGCUGGAGGUGUUGUGUGUGUUGAGCGACAAGAGAAGAAGGUGUUAGUUGUGAGCAUUAGUUGUGAUGCUGCAGUGUUGGUGAGUGGUGACUGUCAGGUGUGUUGUUCAGGUGUUAUUACUGCCUUACCUUGGUGUUGCAGGUGUGUUCCACCCUCAUCAGCGUUGUGGAUGUGUUCCAUGGUCAUUAGUGUUGUAUUCAUCAUGUCAUGCCAGCCAUCGUCAUCCUGCGUCGUCCCUUGUGCAAUAAUACAAACUCAUCAUCAAAUUUGUACAGAAAUUUCACCUUUUCACAUAUUUUCUUAUACAUAUUCUUCACCUGUGUAUGUAUCUUGUAAGGCAAAUCAUUAUUAGGCUUUGUUAUUUAUCACUCAUAUACAUACAUUACUUGUGUAUAUAUGUAUGGAUGUAUAUGUAUAAGCAAGUCAUAUUUGCCAGAUGAAGUGUACAGCAGCUCCCAAAAUUUUACAAAACAAGAGGUGUGAAUUCUUGACAUAUCUGGUGGUCACGGUGGCAACAGUUGGCAGCCCUGCACACUUGGUGAUGGGAAACAAAUUAGGGGUCCAGCAUCACAUCAAGCCAUGCAUACCAACCUUUCUGACGCCACGCGUGAUCUGUCGGCAGGCUUGGUGUUGGUCAUGCCACAGUUUUGGGAGCUGCUGUAGUGUGCCUAGAAAGUCAGGUUAUGUACAGUAUUAGAGAAGACAAAUCUUUUAUAUUAGUGAGUAGUAGUGGUAGUAGUAACAUGCAAGAAGUCAAUGGCAGCCACCUUCCUUAGUGCUGUGGAGUGACUGUGUCCUGACCUACCAGAUUGCUGCAUUCAAUUAACAAGUGCAGGGAGGUGAAGGUGAAGGUGAAGGGUUAAGAGAUGCCUGAUUCAAUUCACUUCAAUCUUAUCCUUCAAUUUUUUGACUCCUGCUUCAUCUAAACUAUUCAAUCUACAGAGGUGACAGUAAAAAUAGAAGGCUAAACAGUAGUGAACAUUGAAAUCUGCCUUAUCUAAACUAUUCAUUCUAGAGAAGCAACAGUAAAAAUAGGUUAAAACAGUAGUAAACAUUGAAAUCUCUCUCAUCUAAAACUAUUCAAUCUAGAGAAGCAACAGCAAGAAUAGAAGCUUAAACAGUAGUGAACAUUGCAAUCUGUCUUAUCUCAUCUUAUUUUAUAUAACCCCUGGCAGAGCAGCUGUGUGGUGAGGGUGUGUGUUGACUGUGCCAGAGCCAGAUGGACAGGAUGCCAUCUUUUUUUUUUUUUUCCCCCUCAUGUUUUUGUUGUGAUAAUCUGAUAGUUCUGUCCGUUUUCAUCAGUAUUUUCUUUUCCUGUUUAUUUCUGUUGUUAUUGCUGUUUUUUUUUUUUUUUUUCUUUAUAGUAGUAGUAGUGCUGGUUGUAGUUGUUAUUACUGUUGUGUAAAUAUUUCUCCUGAUCUAUUCUUUUUUUUUUCUUUUUUUGUAAUAUGUUUGUUUUCAGGACUUUUUGUAUUUAUUUCUUUUAUAAUUUCUUAAUCUUUUUUUACGGUAGUAGUAGUAGUGUAAAAUCUCUCUCUCUCUCUCUCUCUCUCUCUCUCUCUCUCUCUCUCUCUCUCUCUCUUCCUCUCUCUCUCUCUCUCUCUCUCUCUCUCUCUCUCUCUCUCUCUCUCUCUCCGUUAGUAUAUUAAGACCACAGGAAAUAGGGAGGCUACAGGAAAUGUCACUGUCGGUAGGGCCCAAGUGUCAUCUCUAUCUAUGCAUUUAUCUGUGGGUAUUACCAGUAGUGAUGGAGGCAGUGACACCUACAGAGGGUUCAGCAGUGAUGUCUUUGAGUACAAACAAAAAAAAUCAACGCCUGUGUUUUGAAAUGCUGUGUUUUUCUCUCACCCAGAGUGUCUUCAAAGAGCACACAGGUGACUGCUUGGGUUGUCAUGGCUGUUUUUUUUUAAAUUGAUGAUGCAGAGGCCAUGUUGUAUUAUCUCUAGAAUGAUGAAGACCCUUGUAAACCACAGUAACUUCCACUACACCAUGUUAAACUAUUGCUGUAGUUAUGAAAACACCCUUGAAAACCACAACUAUCAUGACUCAGUAAAUUCCACUGGAGCCACUUAUAACUACCAUUGAAAUUAUAAAAAACCUUUUGAAAACCUCCAGUAACUUUCAUUACAGCCAUGAAAACACCCUUGAAAACCCCAAUAAUUUCCACUGGAGCCUGUUAAGCCAUCACUGGAAUCAUGAAAAUGCCCUUGAAAACCUAGUAACUUCCAUUAGAGGCUGUUCAGGUAUCACUAGUCUUGGAAAACAGUUAGUUGGACUUUCAGGGAUGUUUUCAUGGUUUUCAAAAGUUUUUUCAUGGUCAUCAAAAGUUAUCAUGGUUUUUAAGUGUGUAUGAAGUUGUAGUGAUGAUUUGUCAAGGGUUCUGCAUCAAGAAUGGUCAAACACACCCAUUACAACACAGCUCAUCAUCUCUGUGGCCUUUGAAAAGUUGUGAUAAGAGAAUAGAGUGUCUCGGAGGACAGGUUCACUUCCUGUGUGUGUCUGGGUGCCCCUUCAUGCCUCAGUCACAAGUUACUUGUGUGUUCAUUACAAACAUUUGUAUGUGAAAGAGAAUAAAUUUAUUUUGUUA